AUGGGUAAAAUUCAAGCCAAUGAGGAAGUCGAAACUUCAAAUGUACCCAAAACAGUGACCUCAUAUCCUCCGAAAAAUCUCAAGAUGCAACAACAUCCAUCUGUCGAACACGCUGAGAUCGUGGAAUCAGUGAUCUCGUUUCCUCCAAACUCCAUGAUAGGAAGCAACUCAACAGUUGAACCAGUGACCUCGUAUCUUCCCAACUCGCAGGUGGGGCGGCCUCCAUAUGUAGGAAAGCCUUGGAGCACUGGCUUGUUUGACUUUCAUCUAAACCAAACAAAUGCUAUUAUGACAGCAUUUUUGCCCUGGGUGACAUUUGGCCAGAUAGCAGAGGUCCUCGACCAUGGAGAAACGACUUGUCCGCUGGGGACUUUCAUGUACCUUGCAAUGCUGCCUGGUUUUUGCUCAUUUUGGAUCAUAGGAUCAAAAUAUAGGAAAAAGCUAAGGACAAGAUUUGGUCUAGUAGAAGCUCCAUAUCAAGAUUUUGUAUCCCACAUGAUUUUUCCAUUUUGUUCCCUUUGUCAAGAAUUCAGAGAGCUGCAGUACAUGGGGUUUGAUCCUGCUCUAGGAUGGAAUGGGAUUCUUGCUCAUCAACAACAAGCGAUACAGAAUCAAAAUGAACAGAGAAACGGACCUCCUCCUGUUCAAGAAAUGUCUAGAUAA